UCAAGUGGCCUUUUUAGUUUGUUUUAUCGGUUGUUGUCGUAGCCGCUGAUCCGACAGUGCUUGCUCUCAGCCUCUAGUCUGUCUUGUGAUGACUGCUGGUGAUCGCGAGGAGGUGACGAUGGUACUGGCAGCACGGUCUGCAUUGCCUAACAUCGUGUGCUGGUGUAUGAAUGAUCGCUGGACCAGUCCGUGCAACCGCCUUCUAAGUUCUAUCCUGUAUUUCUGACUGCUGUUGAGCGUUUCUGCUGUUGUGGAGUCUAAAAGAAGAACAACAGCAUACUGGUAACUGUGUGUGUGCGUGUGCCGGUCCGUAGAUCCACAUACUGUCGCGGUAGUGAUGGCGGGGAGUAUUGUGCGACCUGCCCUUGACCCACAAGUGGUGAUGAGCGACUCGAAGUACUUGAGAGCGAGGCAAGCCGACGGGCGCAUUCGGCGUGAGUUGGAGGACUUCCGACGAGAUCCACCACCGGGUAUCACUGCUAGGCCAGCCGAAGGCAGUUUUCGCCGCGUGUAUGCAACGCUGCAGGCACCAGAAGGCAGCCCGUAUGAAGGUGGAGUUUUUCACUUGACAUACCACUACACCAGAGGGUAUCCAAACGAUCCACCAGAAGUGAAAUUCACAACGAAGAUCUUCCAUCCCAACAUCAACAGCAAGGGUGAGAUAUCCUUGAACAUCCUGACUUCCGACGGAUGGUCUGGCCGACUCGACCUUGCGAUCGUUCUUCUGUGCAUCCAAUCCAUCCUGGACGAUCCACUAGCAGAGGACCCGCUAGAAGCAGAGAUAGCACGACUCUACAUGUCAGACCGUGUGCUGUACAAUGCGACUGCGAGAGACUGGACAAUCAAGUAUGCUGUGGACAAUGACUAUUGUCUGGACGACGGUGGGACGACACGCUCUGCGAAGAGAUUGUUUCCAGCGUAUCUGAAGUGGGAUGCUCUUCAAGAAGAAUUCGAAGUUCCAUUUCUUCGUGUCAUUCUCAUUGGUGAAACUGGUGUGGGGAAGACAAGUUUGGUGAGCUCGCUGCAUGAUGAGGCAAUCCCCACCGGCCGGGCUGACAAUAGCACUAUCGGAACGGACAUCAACACGUUUCUCAUAGACGGUGACAGCGGCAGUAUAUUACACAAUAGCCACGCCCAAGGGGAAGAAGGGCUGAGAGAAAGAAUUGCAGAUAUCCUGAGGGGCUCUGCUGUCUUGGGUAUGCGGUCUGAGUCGGUCGUUCGCAUGCUCAAAAGAUCAUAUGAUUUUACGAAUGAUAUUCGCUUGCAACAAUUUAUCUGUCUUUCACUAUCUAUUUGCUGUGCUGUAAUACAAGUGUGUGCUUUCCCUACUCUAAAUACUGCAUAUAUCGUUACACUGGUUGUUUUAUCUGUCAUUGCUGGUGUCAUUUUGGGUGCCAUUGAUACAGGUUUAGCUGACAGAUCACAGUGUACAAGUGAUUAUGCUGAUGCCACCACUAUCAAUCAAUGUGCUCAUAUUCGUUUCAGAAAGUAUAGAGCUUUUUGUAUUAGCAAUGAGGCAUUUGGUGCUUCUAUUACCAUGAUUACUGUUGGUGGUGGUAUUAGUCUAACCAUGGCAUAUCCCGCUAUUAUUUCUGCUGUUGUUGCUGCUGCUGGGGCUUCUACUGAUGCAUGUGCUAUUUUAACAUUUGGACAUUCUGUUGUUACAAGCGUUUUUUUUACUUUUGUUAUGUUAAGAAUUAUUCCUGGGAAUUUUUUUACUACUGUACGGGACCUUCUGGCUUUUGCAGCUGCUUGUUGUGCUACUGGUGCCGUUGCUGCGGGUGUUUGUGCUGCUGCUGCAGGUGCUGAUGCUAGUAGUGCAGCUGCUGCUGCUAUUGGUGCUGCCACGAAUUUUGGUUGGAUAUGUGCUUGUUAUAUUUGUCCUGUCAUAAGCCUUUUAGGUGCUUAUUCUGUCACUAUAUAUUAUAGGGGCAUCAACGGUGAUACAGUUUGUGUUCAUUGUGCGCCUGAUGCUGAUCUUGAAGCUGAUAUUCAUGCUGAUCUUGCUGCACACAAUGUUGCUGUUGCUGCUUCUUCUGGUGAUGAUUACCUGGCAACUGGUGUAGACAUGGCGAGUUGUGAGGAAUCCAUUCCGCCGCACAUCAUUCAGACCAUUGCCAGAAUAGUCAAUUCGCCAGGUUUCAUCUACGACGUCAGCAAGACUAUAGUACGCAAAUCGUUUCAGGCCAUAUGUGUUUGGGAUUCUGCCGGCCAGGAUGCGUAUCGAUUACUUCAGUACAUCGCUUUCGGAGCUGAUCGCACGUCUUAUAUCAUCACGUUUAAUGCCAGUCGUUCUGUGGAAAUGGAAGUCCCGGAGACCACCGUUCGUCGUCAUGGCGAGCAUCGUCAGUGUGCUACUGCCGUUCCUGGGCAGUCAAGUCUGCUGUAUAUUCAUGAUUCCCUGCAAGUGCUCAAUCAUCUGGUGCAGAGCUCCAGCAUGCGAGUGUUUAUCGUCGGUACCCAUAUCGACCUGCGUCACAACCAUGGCGGAUCCUGUCGAACGCUAGAGGAAGAAAAGAAGGUGAUCAUGGACAGCCUUCAUGGCACGCCGUAUCGGCACUUAGUCAGCGAAGACGAUAUCUUGUUUGUGACCAACACCUUCUCAGGAAAGGUUUGGCCUGGAGAUCCUGGGCUCAAGGCUCUACGAAGCAAGUUGCUUGAAGAGAGCCGCCACCAAGACAAGAUACCUGCCGCACGCCUUCAAGAAAUAUUGGCACUCCAGCAGCUCUCAACCGACUCGGAUCUCCCACGUCCCUGGAUAUCACGACGUGAACUGUUCCAACUGUUCUGCCAAGUCGGUAGCAUGCGUGACCCUGGCGAGCUCAACUCAGCAUUAGAGUUUCACCAUGGCCUUGGAACGACGCUGUUCUACCCGACAUCUGACGUAUUGCGUGACAUCGUCAUUGUCCAAGUACCAUGCGUUGUGAAGCUGGCAGCCUGUCUAAUCCAGCCGGGUGUCGAGCUCAAGGAUUUCACCGAAGAUCCACCCACCCGUGAAGAUCUGUACUUGCACAAGCACGGCUUCAUCACAGUUGCCAUGGCAAUGCGACUUUGGCGAGAAUACAGUCCUCCUCGGCUGUAUGAGCUAAUGAAGAAUGAUGAGCAGCGCAAGGUUUUCCUUCAGCUGAUGGAGAAGCUGUGUGUGCUGUGUAACGUCGGCGAGAUCGACACGGUCACAAGCAGUAUCAAGGAGAUCUUUCUCAUGCCGGCAGUGGCGGAACUCACCUCUAUUCCUGUCUUGCACGAUGUGCUGGUCUCGGAGGCAAUUCUACUGGUGACGCGGAAUGCUGAUCAUUUCCCACACGCCAUCUUUCUCCUGCUGGGUGUUCUCUGCAUCACACGGCACAACAAGCGCCUGAUCAACGCCCGCAUGAAAUGCAGCGCAUGGAGGAAGGUUGCUCUGUCCAAGCACUGUAUGCGGCUACCCUGGUGCAUCGAGAGAGGCGAGUGGAUUCUGCUAACCUACAUGAAGUGUGGCAUCCGUAUCCAAAUGGAGUCUAUCGACCAGAGUCGAGUGUUCGGCCCUGGUGAAGGCACGGAAGUUCUGCGUCAGAUUCGGCAAUGGCUGUCAGACGUGCAAGCUACAACCAAUCUCCGGCUGGAGCUGAAGGAGGCAGCGGCAUGUGGCUGUGGCAGUGUUGACAACAGCGGAGCACUGUGUAUUGUCCAUGGUCAUGACAAGUGUACCCUGCGCACUGCCGACAGUGCAUGUUUCCACGUGGUGGAAGGUUUCCACUCGGGAACCAUCCCAUGGUGUCCAGUUACCGACACGGAAGCUAACAUCUCCAAUCAACUUCUGGAGUUCUGGUUGUCAUGGAGACAGGACGAACACACUCUGCUAGUACGCACCUGCGGCCAAGACACUAUUUCUUCAGAUCAAACUGGAUUCCAGUCCAUCAGCUAUGUGCGUGACAUUCACCCGUGGCUCUGCAGUCUGGAAGCGGUUGAUUUGAGACUUGCUGUUCAGCGUGAGGGUCUCCUGACUCUUGACCAAGUACAUCGUCUGGAGGAUGUCCGCAGCACACACAGCAAAGAGAGGCACAACAGAGACGUGUUGUGCAUUGUGGAACCGCAGGGCACUGACGGGUUCAUCAAGCUCUACAACGGUCUAUCGAGAGAACUCGCCAGCAUUGGUGAAGGUCUGCAGAUGAUGAAAGCUGUGAUUCCCGUCGAUCAACAUGCUCGUCUGGAAUCCUGAAUGAAACGUUCUAACGUUACGAGCUGGUCAAGUACAGUUCAUGCCUAGGAUUAGAGAGUUUUAAGACAAGUCUUCUGUACCAGGAGGCAGUGACAUGCCGGUGUGGCAGUGUUGACAACAGUAGAGCAUUGUGUGUCAUUCAACGUAGCAGUAUAACUAUUUUCACAUUCGGCCUUCAGCCGAGUCUCACGCGAACCGUGAUUAAUUAUUAUUAUUAUUUUUUUGCGAACUGAGUUUCAUGUGUUCACAUACAGUGUGAGUACAUCAUUGUGAGAUGAUUAAUUUUAAUUGCCCUGCAAACAUGUCUUUGCUCGUCUGAAAGCCGUUCCACAGUCGACUGCAGUCACUGAGUCAGGCCCUAUCACACGAAUUCUAUUGUUUCUUUCCAAUGGCCAGACUGUGUGUCCGUGACAACAGUGGUGCUUCUAUUAUGAUGUCAUUAUGACGUCACCGUAGUCUGCCUUGAUCCUUGAGAGAUAUGCAGUGGAUUGAACUUGAGCUCAACUACUUUAUACCUUGAAGAAUGCAUAAUUAUCAUUCAUAACGCUAUUAUACUUGCCAGGAAGUUUCUGGAGUUGUUCCUUUUGCGCUCGUCAUUGGUCACUUUAUUUAAUCUUGCCUUUUUCCUGCAAAUAAUUUGAUCGGUUUUUCAUCGAUCAUUCACCAUCCUCUACUUUGGAACUGUGAUAGCACUGUUGGUUCGUGGUGAUCAGAGA